AUGCCCGCCCCACCGGCACAGGUCGGCGGAGUAUCUGAAUAUCGCGAUGUCGAGUUAGAUCCCAUUGAACGUCCGCAGCAGCAAAAUGGAGAAGCAGAGGGGGAGAAUAUUGAAGUCUCCAACAAAGAAAAGUCCGAACUAGAACGGCUCGGCCGGCAAAGACCAGACAGAUUCAAGACGCUUCUAUCGGAGAUCCUCUUCUGCUUCAGCAUCACCAUGUCUCAAGCCCUGACGGAAUAUUUCGUCUCCGGAUUCACCGUCAUCGUCCCGUCCGUCACCACCGCGUUGGAUAUUCCCCGGGCGUCGCAGACAUGGCCCGCCUCCGCGUUCUCCCUCGUCGUUUCGUCGUUUCUUCUCGUCUUUGGGCGGCUGGCGGAUAUGUGGGGAGGUUAUCCUUUGUAUGUCGCAGGCAUGGCCUGGCUCACGAUCUGGUCCAUCGUCGCGGGCUUCGCCCAGAACGAAAUCAUGCUGGACGUCGCGCGGGCAAUGCAAGGAUUGGGGCCGGCAGCGUAUUUACCUGCGGGACUGAUGUUGCUGGGGAGUGUCUAUCGCCCUGGACCGCGAAAGAAUAUCGUUUUUAGCAUCUAUGGCGCCAUGGCGCCGUUGGGGUUCUUUAUCGGCAUAUUUUUUGCAGGUGUCGCGGGUCAAUAUACCACUUGGCGAUGGUAUUUCUUCAUUGGCGCGAUCCUCAGCGGGCUGACCGUAGUCAUUUCCCUCUGGUCCAUCCCGUCGGAUAUCAAGGAACGAAGAGGGAUGGGCAUCAAAAUGGACUGGCCCGGCGCCAUCCUGACCUCCAUCGGGCUGAUCCUCGUCGUCUUCUCCAUCACUCAGUCUUCCCAUGCGUCGCAACGCUGGGGCACGCCGUACAUCUAUGCGAUUCUUAUCGUCGGAGUACUCUGUCUCGUCGCAGCUUUCUUUGCGGAACGAAAGGUUGCCAUGCCACUGUUACCCCGAGAUCUAUUCGCGGUCAAGUAUAUGAAGCCUUUAAUGCUCGCUCUUUUCUUUUCAUAUGGCUCGUUUGGUAUCUUCCUGUUAUAUGGGACUUUAUAUAUGACUGAUAUUAUGAGCGGCGAACCAAUGCAGUUGGUCGCUUGGUUCACUCCCAUGGCAUUUGGUGGAUGCGUUAUUGCAACGGGUGGUGGUUUCAUCAUGCAUAUGGUCCCUGGGACAGUGUUGAUACUUUUUUCUGGGAUUGCCUGGAUCAUUGCACCUCUCCUCUUCGCCAUUGCACCUCCGGGAGCCAAUUACUGGGCGUAUACGUUUCCUUCAAUGAUUUGUGCUACUAUUGCAAUCGACAUCACUUUCAAUGUCACGAAUAUCUUCAUUACCACUUCGUUGCCCCUCGCCCGUCAAGGCCUCGCGGGCGCCAUCAUCAAUUCUCUCGUCCAACUCGGCAUCGCCACAAUGCUGGGCUUCACCGAUGUCAUUGUGACCUACACCACCUCCCAAAAAGAAGACCUUCCGCCUAUCGAAGAGCUUCGAAGGGGUUAUAAAACCGCCUUCUGGUACGAAGUCGCCUGCGCGGGAUUCGCGUUGGUCGUGUUGAUUUGCUUUGUGAGAAUGCAAAAAGCAAAGAGCGAGUUGACGGCAGAUGAGCGGCGGGUGCUAGAGGAGGCUUGUGAGGAAGAGAGGAGGGCAAGCCGGAUAUCAUCGGCCGGUCGAGGUCCAUCGAAUGCUUAAUUUCUUCCGUAUAAUGUACUGUACAGACCCUCGACGGUCGAGAUAUAUUACAUUCCAAUGAACUAUUCCAAUGCAACCGAUUGCUGGACUAAAUCAUGAGAAUCACUGCAUUCCCGCCAUCAACUCCGUCCGAUCCACAAUCAUCGCCCUGCUCCCCGCCCACUCCUUCAACUCCUCCCACAUCGCCCCCUCCUCCUCCCCCCACCUCUCCUC